AUGUUCAUGUCUCAUGCUUCUUCCGCAACCACACCAACACACCAUCAAGUUGAUGCCACAACACCCUUCUCUCCUAUUCCACAAUCACCCCAACAACAAGAUCUUCUUGUCAACAACAACAUGACACUCGAUCCCUCUUCUGUCACUUCUGAAUAUUAUUAUGACAUUAGUGAUGUCAUUAAAAACACAGAACUUGCCAUGAAUGAAUCAUCAUUGACCAAUCCUCCGAAUGACAUAUCCAAUCAUUCCUCUCGAUUUCGUAUUCAAUAUUUGAAAUUAAUGAGAAAAUUUAAAUCCUUAUCCUUGUGGUCAAAACUAUUUCUAUUAUUAGUGAUUAUAUUGGUGACGACCAUUUUCAUUGCAGGUUUGACAAGUAUGAUUUUCAAUGCUGCAGUUUUGAAAAAUUCAACAGCCAUUUAUUUUCUAAGUGCCAUGUUUUUAUUGAGUGGAUUGAGUUUGGUCUAUUUUGCAUGUGUCGCAAUAUUUGCUGAAAAUGAAUAUUUAUUAUUUGCAUUUCUAGUUCAGAGUAUUUGGGGUGGAUUAAUGGCUGCAUUUAUGGUGUAUCAGAGUGCAGUAGCUAUAAGUAUAGCAGAGAAUAAUCAUAAUAGUGGUACUGGUAGUGGUACUGGUAGUGGUAAUAAUACUGGUGGUAAUAAUACUGGUGGUAAUAAUAAUUCUGAAUCAAAUUAUGUGACCACCAAAGUGGUAGUCAUUCUAUUAAUUAUUAUACCCACUUGUUUAUAUUAUAUUGCAUUUUUAUUAUUUGUAAUUAUAUUGAUACCAGUGUAUAGAUCUUUUGGAUGGAAGAUUUUCAGACGUGUUGGAUCCUCUCCUCAUCUCGUUCGAUAUUAUCGAUUUUAUUGUAUUUAUAAGGCCAUUCUUCAAGUAGAUGUUGGAUUUUUAACAGCAUUACUUACUAUGGCCAUGUUUUGGCUCAAAUUUGAUUGGAUGUAUUUGUCUCAAAUUGGACUUGUUGCUUCCUAUAUAUUUUCACUAAUUUGUGUUCCACUUACUUUACUUGCCAUUAAGAAAGAAUGGUAUCUCUUACAAAUACCAGUAUUAUUAUUUGAUUUAGUAUUACCUGGAUAUUUAGUUUACAAAAUUAUUGAAGCAUGGAUUGAAAAGGAGACUAGAAUUGCAAAAGAUAGUGUGUUAGAUCAAACAGCGAUUGUGGUCAUCAUGACUAUUAUUUCAAUAUUUGUUUUAUUGGUUCGAUUUGUCAUGAUAACAUUUGGUGUGAUUUGUACAGUGAAUUUUAGAAAGGGUUUGAAAAAAAUAUUCGAACAAGAUUUUAUUAGUUACAAGAAAAGAUUUUACACUUGGUUUGGAAUGAAAAAUCGAUUAAAUCGUUUGAAUGCUGAACUCCAACAAUCUCUCAUGGAAGCUCAACAGAAAGAAGAAGUUUCCAAAUCAUCAUCACAACAACAACAAUAUAGACUAAAUCACCAUGAUGUUCACGGUGAAACCAAGAGUAUUCAUGAUGAUACGCCAAUGCAUGAGCAUGUUGAAAAAAAAAAGAAAAAGAAGAAGAAAAAGAAAAAGGUCAUGAAUCCUGAAACGACUGCUUAUUCUCAAUUGUAA